GCAAGGCUGCAGGGUUAGGCAGAGGGAGAGAGAUGCUACACCUGUUUAUGAUCACCUGAGGAGAAGACUCAGAAGAUUUAAUCAGCUGCUGCGUGAAGAGGGACAGAGUUGAUCAACAUGAUGGGACACCUUUAUAUCUGAGAGAAUCUCCUUCAGGCAGGCAGCUUAUUGUCCCUGAGGCCCGUCCUCCAGUCUGUGUUGGUGCCAUGGCUGAGUCAAGCUGGUGGAAGUUUACCUUCUCACGCAAGAAGAAAUCUGAACCUAAGGUUUUGUAUGAAAUCCCGGCAGAGCAUGGAAGCAACAAUGAGAACAAAGACCAAGCAGGCAUCUCUCCAGACAAUAAGGACAGCCAGUUCAAUGCCAGACUGGAGAAGAUAGUGGAUAAAUCUGCCACCAAGGGCCGCCACGUCAAAGUGUCCAACUCCGGUCGCUUCAAGGAGAAAAAGAAAGUUCGGGCCACGCUGACAGAGAACCCAAGUCUGUUUGCAGAGCACAGUAAUGAGAAUCAUAAAAACACGACGGACAAAUAGCAAAAUACACCAUGGCAAUCACAAAUGUGUCAUAAAUCACUCACGUCUUUGACCAAGGUUCAAAAACACACCCGUUUUUGUCACAAUGUACCAAACCCAAGUGAAUACCCAAACUGAAACUAACAACAAUGAGUAUCUUAAAACCAAUCGUCAUAUAUUCAAAAACCAUAUCAGGGACUGGUCCUGGAAUCACCUUUCUCCAGAUUGUAAAUGUUGAAUUCUAAAACCCAAUGUUUUAAUGGUCUCAAGCAUUUUUUAUGUUUGUGCUGGUUUUAUUAUUAUUGCUGUUGUUUUUUUUUCUUUUUUCUUUUUUGAAACUAAGCGUUAAUAUGAAGUAGAUUAACUGCCUUUGUGUUGUGUAACAGUUAUUGGUUUCGUUUUUUAAAUUAGACACUAUAAAAAAAAAUACGGUCAAUUAAGCUUAAAUUUGAUGGAGAAACCACACAAAACAACGAAAAUAUGAGAUGUCAGACAAUAUGUUCUAUGCUUUUUGUAGCCCCAGAAGAUACUUGCUCUUACAAAAAACUGGUUUCUAAAUCCAGAAAAGAUUUAUCUAAAUUCUUUGGGGAAAAAAAGAAAAAAAACUUCAUCCCAUAAUUGCAUAAUUGUUUUAUUUUAUUUUUUUUGUAAGGGCUCUUUAUCUGUUUGUAUAGUUCUAAUAAAUAGUCAUUUAAUGAGUUUUCUAUUAAUCAAAUACAAGUUUAUAAAUUUUGUAAAUGAACUUUGUAAAGAUUUUCGGGGCUAACGUUAAUUUAUUUCUUGGAAUAAAUUGUUUCAACAUUUUUGUCGAAUGUUAUUUUAGAUAUACAUGAAACAACAACAAUUAUGUUAUUGUCUGGAAUAUUUACUGGUGAGACACAACGACAGCCACCUAUUUUUUCAGAGGGAAGAAGCUUACAAAUUGUAUUAUUCAUAGUACUUUUAUAGAGUAAAUCACAUUGCAGUGCACUUUUAUGGAACUUGACUUUUUUUAUUACUUUUUUUAAAUUUAGAGGAUAGCUCAUUAGACACUCGUGUACUAAACCUCCAUUUGGUGCCUUCAAUGUCAUCUCUAAAUAGUACGUAUUUUUAUCUAGACAAAAAACUACAAAAAAGGAAAAUGUUUUUUUUGUGUGUUUUCAAUAAAGUCUGAGCAA